AAGAAUGUUAUCAUUGUAUGGCGAGCCUGGUAGCGUCGAAGGAGAAAACGUUCAUCACACAAACAAAACUGCUAUACGAAGUGACAUGGAAAACUGUCAUGCAGAUAUCCAAAAAACAUGUGUCCUUGUUUCAGAAAUCGGCAGCGGUCCAUCUGCAGAGGCACUGCAGCAGCACGAGAUCGGAACGGAUAUACAUGGACUGGAUUUGGUGGAUCCUCCAGGGGCUGCCCUUCCAACACUUGGUCAGGGUGAUAGAUUGUUUCUUCCAUGAAGGCAUCAAGGUAUUCUACAGGACCGCCAUGGCCAUCCUGAUACUCUUCCACAAGAGCUCCUCCUCGUCAUCCUCCGAAUGGCUGGCGGAGAUCCAGAAGAACGGCGUAGACAGCGCCCUCAACAAGUUCUGCAAGGAGAUGCCCGUGACGCCCCAAAAACUGUUGAAGGCCGCUUUCGGGAUCAGAGGUCUGAGCUCCUCUUACAUUUCCCGCGUUUUCCUCAAGACUGAGAUGCUCCUCAAAAGCAGGCACGUGAUUAACGGGUCCAGGCAGCUGGUGAGGUCCAGGUCCAGCGAGAACCUGCCCAACAGCCAAAGUCAAAACAACAUCCAGAUGGUAUCGCACACUCUCACGAUAAGAGAGCUAUUGACACUGUGGUCCUGGCUUCCUGUAAGGAUUACAAUGUACCAACCGAUAUUGUUGUAUACAACAGAGGAACACGGUUGUUCCCUCACGACUUUCUAUGUACGAGUCGAACAGCACGAACCGACGCUGCUCAUGAUCAAGACAUGCAAUAAUGAGGUAUUUGGUGCUUACUGUUCUUCGCGUUGGGGCGAGAGGAACAUUAAGGACGACAGAGGCAAUAGGCAGGCCUACUUUGGCACUGGGGAAACGUUUCUUUUUUCCCUCUAUCCAGAAAGGGCAAAAUAUCCGUGGGUGGGAAUGGAAGGCGAUAAGAUUCAACACGGUGCCGAGCUGUUUAUGGCUGCCGAUUCUAAAAUGAUCACGAUUGGAGGCGGUGAAGGGCAGGCGAUUUGGAUGGACGAAAAUAUAAGGUACGGAAAAACGGAUAAAUGCGCAACGUUCAACAAUCCUCCGCUAUGUCCUAGUGGAGACUUUGAAAUUCGAGUACUUGAAGUUUAUGGUUUUGCUACAGAUCAACUAAGCUAAACAACGAUUUUCAUCGAACAGAGAAACCCUACACAUUUUCAUGUGUAACAUAUAUUUAUAUCAAUUCUCAUCGGAAUGUAUAGCUUACAUUUCAUAUGCAUAAGACAUAUAUAUGUACCUGUUAAAAACUCAUUAGUGCAUUCCACCAGUGCUUGAGCAAAUCUUGCUUUAUGAAGUGAGUUGUAUUAGAACAAAGUGACCCCUACCCCUAAUAAGCGUAUAGUGAUGGGGGAUUUUAAAGAGCCUUAAAGGUUUGAAUGACAAGUACUAGAUCUAGUCGUUGUAUUAGCAUGUUUUAGAGUUUAUGUUUAUAUUUUUCAUGGUACAACACAUUCAUUUCCUUGUAUAUUUUAAUUAUAGUUCUGUAUAUAUAUCUUAAUUGUAAAUUGUUAUUUCAUUUUUAAAAUAUAAUCGUUGACGUUGCUUUUGUGCAUACAACUGUGCCAAAAUGAUUUUUUUUUCUGUAUAUCUCUAUGGCAUAGAAUAUUUUUAGAUAGGUGUUUUUUAAUGCCGUUGGAAAGUAUUUUGACUAUAUUUAUUCUAAAUAAUUUUUAUUAAUAUAUUUUAAUAUAUAAAUGUUUAAAUUUUAUUUCUUUUAAUCGAAAAGAAAAGAUUGACUGAAACUUUUUAAAACAAUAAAAAAUUCUUAUGGUAAAAAUGUGUUCUAAUUAGAUUUUCUAAAUUAGAAUUACAGUACAUAGAAUUACAAAGUUUAGAUUUGCUAGGUUGCUCAUAACGCAUAUCAUAGAGAGAGUCAUAUUUAUUUUCAAUGUUAUUUAAAAAGUAUUCAUCUUAAUCUAUAAGUUGCAGUUAAGUUUGUUGAAUAUUUUUUGAGGAAAGAUUGUCGAGAAAUUUUAGAGCUGAUUUGAUCGACAUAGUUUUAUAUUUUUGUGCAUAUGCACUGUUAUAAAAAUAUACCUACGUAUUUUGACCAAUAUAUAUUCACAAAAUCAACAUGUUAAAUGUAUUUCUUUUUCGACUUAUUUUAUAAUGAAUUGAGUUAAUUAAUAAUCAUGGACGUCACAUUUCAAUAAAAUAUUCAUUUUUAUUUCUUAUAACUCUGUAUCUAAAUCCGUUUUAGAAUAAUUUCUCUUUUAGUUUUAGAGUGAUUGUGAUAGUUUCUUUACUUUUAUUAUCAUAUUUUUAGAUGUCUCCUAUUAAGUUAUACAGGGUGUCCGGAAAUUAAUGCAACAAAAUUUGGUCAUAG